AUGGUCCAGCCUAACGACCAGAACAACAAUCGCGAAGAGCACCACGACCACCAUCAUCGCGGGAGCGGCAUCGGUACCGUGACGGACGUGGGCCCGGGCACGCUGGCGGACGUGCCCGACGACAUCAACGUGGGCGUCCGGAAGAAAACCGUCAUGUUCGGCGCCGGCAAGCUGGUGACGUUCGAGGACGCGCAGCAAGAGGCCGGCACGGGAAUGUAUCAGCUGGCUUUGUUGAUUGUCUGCGGCAUGGUCAACAUGGCGUGCGCCAUAUCCACCACGUCCGUGUCGUUCGUCACGCCGGCGGCGUCGGCCGACUUCCAAUUGACGUCGAUCACCAAGGGCGUGAUGAACGGCGCCCCGUUCGUGGGCAUGUUGAUCGGCGCGUACUUUUGGGGAGUGUGCAGCGACAUCAACGGCAGACGGGACGUGAUACUCGGCUCGAUGGGGAUGGACGCGAUCCUGUCGGUCGGCUCGUGCAUGGCGCAACACCUGCAGUACUUCAUACUGAUCCGGGUCGGCAACGGGUUCGCCAUCAUAGGCGCCACCUGCAUGAUCUACGUGUACUUCGGCGAGUUCCUGACCGGCGACAAGAGAGACGCGUACCUGCUCAUCCUGGAGGUGUUCUGGGCGCUGGGAAUGGCCGCCGGGCCGGGAGUGGCCAGCAUCGUGAUCCCGCUGGAACACGUUUGGAUAGACCGACCGGAUUUCACGUUCAACAGCUGGCGGCUGUUCAUGCUGCUGACGGCCGUGCCCAGUCUGUUGGGCUUCAUAUUGGUCUAUCAGUUCCCGGAAUCGCCUAGGUAUCUGAUGCUCAAGGGCCGAAUGCUGAAAUCGCGGGACGUCCUGGAGCGGAUUUACAUCGUGAACCAUUCGCGCAAGGCCCCGCCGUAUUCGGUGGACAGUUUCACGCAAACGUACUCGGCCAUCGGGUUUUUCGACGUGGGCGGCAUGCCGUUCUGCAUGAACCUCAAAGCCAGGCUGGUCGCUCUGAAGAACGGCCACAAGACUCUGUUUUCCCAGUAUCUCAGGAACAUUUUCGUCACGUGCACGAUAGAAUUUUGCCUGAUGGCCUCGUACGUCACCGUCCUCGUGUGGGUGCCCGAGUUGUUCAGCAGGUAUCACGACUACGAAGUGAGAAACGCCGAAGACGGCGGCGAAGCGGUGAACAUAUGCGCCGCGUCUCAUUGGCUGUUGAAACAUCCGAGCGACAGCGCAGUCAAGCACACGCACGUGGGUCACCAGGCGUACGUGGCCGCUUUCGUGGUCGCCUCGUCCACGCUGAUUCCCAUAACGAUCAUGGGUCUCCUGAUCAAGUGCGUCAGCAAGAAAAUAUUGCUGUGGAUCAGCUGCGGAAUACCCGCUGUCGCCGCACUGGUCAUGACGAAAACCAGAGACGAUUUCGAAGCAGAAAUCUUGUGCUGCUUCUUCGAAGGUUUCACCACCCUGGUGGAGCCGAUCAUAUUCUGUACGAUGGUCGAGUUGUUCCCGAGCAACAUAAGAGGCGUGGCGUUCUCCCUCACUGUGAUGUGCGGUCGACUAGGCGCCGUAGUAGGAAUCUGCGUGUUCGGUUUUCUACUCGACAUCAAUUGCCACUCGACGUUUUACCUUUUGGCUACGUUGCUGUCAAUUGCUUUUCUAGCCGUCAUAUGUUUGCCAAAAUUAAAAAUCGGAGGUAGCCAUUAG